AUGAUUGAAUCAUCAAAAACUUCAGAUGAGUAUGAUAAAGUAGCUAUACUCGAUGCUGGUUCACAAUAUGCUAAAGUAAUUGAUCGUCGUAUACGUGAACUUUCAGUUUAUUCAGAACUUGUUCCUUUACAAACAUCUGUUACUGAAUUACUUUCACGUAAAUAUAAAGCUAUUAUUAUAUCUGGUAGUCCUGGUUCAGUUAAUGAUCCGAAUCCAGUUUACUAUGAUGCACAAUUAUUUAAUUGUGGUUUACCAAUAUUAGGUAUUUGUUAUGGAUUACAAAUGUUAAAUAAAGAACGUGGUGGAACAGUUGUACGACAAGCUGUAAGAGAAGAUGGACAAUUUCAAGUUGAACUUGAUAUAACAUGUUCUCCACUUUUUAAACAUAUGAAUAAAUUAGAAAAUGUUCUAUUAACACAUGGUGAUAGUAUUGAAAAAAUUGGAGAAAAUUUAGUAGUAAUUGGUAAAAGUGAAUCAUUUAUUGUGGCUUGUGCCGAUCAAGAAAAACCUAUUUAUGGUCUUCAAUUUCAUCCAGAGGUUGAUCUAACCGAUAAUGGUAUGCAAAUAUUUAAAAAUUUUCUUUUUGAUAUUGCACAUUGUCAACCAACAUUUACAAUGGGUAGUCGAAUUGAAGAAGCAUUCAGUAGUAUUCGAUCAUUUAUUAAAGAUCAAAUUGUAUUUAUAUUAUGUAGUGGUGGUGUUGAUAGUUCUGUAUGUGCUGCUUUAUUAACACGUGCAUUACCAUCUGAACAAGUUAAAAUUGUUAGUAUUGAUAAUGGAUUUUUACGACAUAAUGAAGGUGUUGAAGUUCGUCAAACAUUAUCACAAUUUGCAGCUGUUAAUUAUAUUGAUGCUGGUCAACGUUUUGCACAAGCUAAAACAUUUGUACGUGCAAAAACAACAUCAUCAACAAAUGAAUCAACAGCAAAUAUUUCACGACGUACAUCAUCAAUAUCAUCAAAUUUUUUAAGUUUAUAUGAUGCUGAUAUAUUACUUGAAGAAACAUUACCAUUAAAUGAAGAAACUGAUCCUGAACAUAAACGUAAAAUAAUUGGUGAUACAUUUGUUAAAGUUGUACAAGAAUUUUUACGUGAUAAUAAUUUUACAUUUGAGGAUAUUAUUUUAGCACAAGGUACAUUAAGACCUGAUUUAAUUGAAAGUGCAUCACAUUUAGCAUGUCAAAGUGGUUAUGCUGAUGCAAUUAAAACACAUCAUAAUGAUUCACCAAUGGUACGUGAAUUACGUAAACGUAAUCGUGUUAUUGAACCAUUAAAAGAUUUUCAUAAAGAUGAAGUACGACAAAUUGGUUUAACAUUAGGUCUUCAUCAUGAUGUUAUUUAUCGUCAUCCAUUUCCUGGACCUGGUUUAGCUAUACGUAUUUUAUGUGCUGAUGAACCAUAUAUGCCUAAUGAACAAUUUUCUCAAACAUCAACAUUAUUACGUACUAUUGUUACUUAUUCAAAAAUGGUUGAUAAACAAUAUGCAUUAUUACCAACAUUAGAUAAAAUUUUUACAGAACAUGAAAAAAUAAUUUUGAAAACACUUACAUCACCUGAUCAACAUGAUUAUACAUCAGUUGUAUUACCAGUAAGAUUAUUUGAACAAAAAUUUAUUUUAUUAUUAUAUGAAAAGUAUGAGAUGUGA